GUUGUGAGUGUGUGGUUCUCCCUCGGGUCUGUGUUUUCAUCUUCAGUGCCAUUGUAUUUUUUUUCAUAUGAAUUAAUCGAGAGUGAGUGAAGACAUAGGACAACAGAACUUUGAAAGACAUAAGUAAAAGAGGGAAGAUGUCGAACUAUAAUAAGCUGAUCUGGACCCUUCUGAUGGUCGCCGCGUGCGUCCUCCCUGCCCUGACCCAGGAUGACCUUGGAGGCCAGCCCGCGGCAAGUUCGGGAGGUGAUGCGGGUUCGGCGGUCGAGGGCGCUUCCGACGGCCAUUUGGGAGAGUCUCUCAGUAAUUUGGACCAAAAGAACAAUUCUGGGUCUUUAGAGAUUCACGAGUCGCUUGAAGGAGCGCCUGGUGCGGACCUGGAGGGGAACAGCGAGGGGAACAACGGAGGCAGCGGCGCGAGUCUCGAGGGAGGCGCUGAAUCGAGUCACGCGGGAAGCGACGGAGGCUCGGACUCCGGGGAAGAAGGAAGCCACGAGUUCUCGGGACCCGACAGCUCGGGUACGAACCCCGAGGGCAGCCCCGGCGAGCACGCGGAGGGCGGCGACGGGUCCGACCUCGGUGACGUGCAGACGGUGGUGAGCAACGUGCCCAAUUUCGACGCCGAGGGACGCUACAACGACACCACGGACUUCGCGGUGGGAGUCAACGGCUGGAACUUCCACGGGUGGUGGGCCAAGUUCAACAUCUCCCAGAAGAACGUCAUGGACAUCCCGGUGAACGAGGAAUCCAAGAACCACAUGACGUUCAUCUGCAAAGUGAAGGAAUAUGAAAGUUUCCUCGAGAAGAGCUUCCCUGCCCUCGAGGACGCCAGGAUCAUUAUCAGUUAUUAUCUCUCUUCCGCCGCAGAGGACCUCGUCAUGAAGUGUGAAAUACAGGCCGGCCGCCCCCCUCUCGAAAUCUUCACGUACACUUUCCCCGAUGACCUGCUGGAGCACCACGAGGUCUGGGUCACCCAAGAAGUUCGCAUUCCAAACUAUUCCAGAAUUCAGCCGUUUAAGAUCAAGCUGAGUCUGUCCAGCUUCAACUCGAGUGUCUGGGCAGCGGACGAGCUUCAGUUGCUGGGUUCAGCACCGAUGUCUCAGCCCAUGAUGAACUUCACGUACCCGCCCCUCACCUCAGAGGAGCCAGGAGUUAUCGACACGUCACCAAUGGUACUGACCAAUCACACACUUCCCGCUAUGAAUGUGACGUCAGCGCCAGGUAGCAAUGCAAGCCUGAGCUCAAACUCGUCAGGCACCAACCAGACCUCCUCCUCAGGAUCGGGCGAAGAAGACACGACCGAAGGCAGCGACGUCACGGGUAACAUCACCCCGGCUCCCAGCAGCGGAAAUCCCGACUUCUCUGAACAUCUAGGUCGGCUUGAGAGUGUGGCUCAGGCUAUCUGGGACGCCUUCUACGUGUUCCUGGCACUGUUCUGCGCAUGCCUGGUGGCACUCGUGGCACUUAUCGUCCGCGGGAGGUGCAGGGAAGACGAUCCUCCUCCAGCUGUAGCCACUUACAAUCCCAGGACAGCAUCCUACCGCCUCGACAAGGUUUAUGAUAACCCAUCCUACGAUAACAAUGCCGUGUGAACCUCGCGCGAUGACUGAGGGAGGGGUACGACAAUUUAAGCAAGGCGGUACGAUAUCAUCCGUCGCGUUGGGGGUGAAUGACGUAUACGAUACCUUUUAGUGAUUCCUUCUGUUUAUAAAGUACAUUUUUAAAAGCUAUUUUCGUUACUGAAUACCUGUUGGAAAGUUUAUUUGUUAGUAAUUUGAAUCAAAAGUAUAAACGUAAAUUUGGGUGACCGUAAUAUGUUCAAAAUUCUAGCCAACCGCGCAGAUCUAAACAGAUGAUGAAGAAUAUAGAUUUGCUCAGAUUCAGUCAAUAAAAAAGUCAAUUGAAUUUGCAGAAUUAUUCUGUCGCAAAUACUGCUGCAAAUACAAUAAAGUAACAAAAACAAGCUAAAAAAAAAA